AUGACACUUUCUAUUUUCGCAAUUUCUUUCCCAACUCACAUUCAUGGUGACUUCCUUCAGUGUCUGACGUCCUAUCAAUUCUCCAACACAUCAACCUCCUUUGAUAAACUCAUCUACACUCCUAACGACGCAUCGUAUGUCACCGUUUUGAACUCCACCAUACGAAACCCUAGAUACUCUACUCCUUCCACCCCAAAACCACUCGUUAUUGUUACACCACUUGAUGCGUCCCAGGUCCAAGCCACUAUCAAGUGCUCCAAGAAGUACGCCCUUCAGAUCCGAAUUCGAAGUGGCGGCCAUGAUCUCGAGGGACUGUCCUACGUGUCUGGUGUACCAUUUGUCAUUAUCGAUCUGACAAACCUAAGAUUGAUCACCGUGGACGUAGAAGAAGAAACAGCGUGGGUACAAUCUGGCGCUACUAUUGGAGAAGUGUAUUAUAGGGUUUCAGAGAAAACUGGAAAUCUCGGAUUUCCAGCUGGAGUUUGCCAUACUGUCGGAGUUGGUGGGCACUUUAGUGGAGGAGGCUACGGAACUUUGCUGCGAAAAUACGGUAUUUUAGCUGAUAAUAUACUCGAUGCUCAAAUAGUCAACGUUGAUGGAGAAAUUCUUGACCGAAAAGCAAUGGGGGAACAUUUGUUUUGGGCCAUACGUGGAGGAGGAGGAGCAAGCUUUGGUGUUGUUCUAGAUUGGAAAAUCAAGUUGGUCAAUGUUCCUUCAAUAGUUACUGUAUUUUGUGUCAGUAGGAGUUUGGAAACAGCUGAAACGAAGAAGCUUCUUCAUCAGUGGCAGUAUUUAGCAGACAAAUUCCAUGAAGAACUUUUAGUCUUUCCGAGGAUACGAACUGUGAAUUCUACUACCAAAGAUGGGAGUAGUAAGAAAACAUUACAAGUCACAUUCUCUUCCUUGUUCCUUGGUGACCUUGAUAUGCUCCUUGAGUUGAUUCAAGAGUGCUUCCCUGGGUUAGGAUUGAAGAGAGAAGACUGCACCGAAAUGAGCUGGAUUGAAUCAGUUCUCUUUUUUUCCGGCUUCCCAAGUGGGGAUUCUCCCAAUGAAUUGCUUGGCAGGUUUCCAGGAAUGGGUGGCUUUUUUAAUUUUCCUUCCAAAACCAAAUCUGACUACGUAAAGGACCCUAUUCCAGAACACGUGUUGGGAAGAAUUUGGGAAAGGUUAUAUGAUGUAGAGGUAGGAAUGAUAGUUAUCCAGAUGUUUCCUUAUGGUGGGAGAAUGAAGGAGAUUUCAGAAUCAGAAAUACCAUUCCCACAUCGAGCUGGAAACCUUUACCACCUUGCAUUCUACUGUACUUGGAAAGAUGAUCCGGUAAGGCAUUUAAACUGGAUAAGAGACCUUUACAGAUACCUAACUCCAUAUGUAUCCAAAAACCCAAGAGCUACUUAUUACAAUUAUAGGGAUCUUGAUAUUGGGAUAAAUAACAAUGAGGGGUAUACGAGUUAUAACCAAGCAAGCAUUUGGGGCACCAAGAAUUUCAAAAGUAACUUUAGGAAACUGGUUCUUGUGAAAACAAUAGUUGAUCCAAGUAACUUUUUCAGAAACGAGCAGAGCUUCCCAUCUCUUUCAACUCGUCAGUGA